AUGGAUUUCGACGACGAUGCCCCGCCUGAUCUGGUCGAGGCGGGAACUGUCGUUGAUGAGGAUCUGCCACCGUCCGACAAACAGAUCAAAGUUCCCAUCACCAUCGUAACGGGAUAUCUGGGUGCCGGAAAGACGACAUUGUUGAAUUAUAUCCUGACUGCUCAGCAUGGAAAGAAAAUUGCUGUGAUUAUGAAUGCACUCGAUAUCGAGAAGUCUCUCACUGUCAACAAGGGCGAUGAGCAGGUUGAAGAGUGGCUUGAAGUUGGCAACGGAUGCAUAUGCUGUUCCGUCAAGGAUACUGGUGUUAAUGCGAUUGAAUCCCUCAUGGAAAAGAAGGGCGCGUUUGAUUACAUCCUCCUCGAAACUACAGGUCUUGCGGAUCCUGGUAAUCUAGUGCCCCUCUUCUGGGUCGAUGAUGGGUUGGGCAGCACCAUCUAUCUCGACGGCAUCGUCACACUCGUCGACGCCAAAAAUAUCCUUAGCAGCCUCGACGACCCCUCCGGCAAGAUCGAGCUCGAAGACCAGGAGGACGACCAUGGCCACGGUCCGCUGAUGACUACAGCGCAUGUGCAGAUUUCUCAUGCCGACGUCAUUGUCAUCAACAAGGCUGAUUUGGUGUCCGAAGAGGAGUUGACGCGUGUUCGGACCAGAAUCGAGUCAAUCAACGGCUUGGCAAAGGUCCAUGUCACGCAGAAGAGCGAAGUGCCGAGUUUGGAAGGCUUCUUGUUGGAUUUGCAUGCGUAUGAUCAGGUCGCAGAGCUCGAUUUGGGCCAAAAAGGGCACAGCCACCUUGACUCUACCAUCUCUACUGUCUCGAUACCCGUGCCUAGAUUGGGACCUAGUCAACUUGCCAACGUCGAUAAGUGGCUGAGAAAGAUCCUCUGGGACCGCCGCUUACCUGGGGAUGAUAAAACUGUUCUCGAAGUGCACCGUGCCAAGGGUCGGCUUGUAUUUGAGAAUGGAGACGUGAAGCUCAUGCAGGGUGUCAGGGAGAUUUUUGAGAUUCUUGACUCGCCCGAUCAGACGCGUGAAGCAGUGGGAGAAGGCAAGAUCAUUCUUAUUGGAAGGUAUCUCCAGGGCGUAGACUUUGAGAAGAGUCUCUUGGAGACUCUCAAGUCGGAUGCGUAG